GUGGAAGGUACAGUUUCCCUUCUCUAAGUUUGUAUAGGUGUUCUGUGGUUCAGCAGCUUGGUUGUUUCUGCGGCGACUACCAGUAGCUCGUUGCUGAAGCACAUUCUACAAUACAGGACGACUUGUCGGCUCCGAAGUGCUUGGAGGACUUCGGCGCUUAUGUCGGCGACAAGUACACGUUGCAUAGUGCUGGCCUCCGCUCCUUGAGGAUGCUCCGAGCUGGACCCAAAUGAUAGCACGCCGUAGACGCACUGUCUCACGCACAGACCACGAGGACAGCUUUGCCCUCCCUGUGUCCGUGUGUGCUGCCACCUUCAUCUCGACAAUGACAAGUCGUGACCGUACAGCCGAGUUCAAGUCGGCCGCCAAGCUGAUGCAGGGAACCAUGGCCCUGCAGCAGCAUCGGAUGCGCCGCCCUGGCGACCGAGGGGCCCAGGAGUGGGGGCGGUUCAUGCACGCCGCCAAGCAGAUCGGCAAGGACAUCGCCAGCACAUUUGCCAAGCUUGAGAAGCUGACACUACUGGCGAGGCGCAAGACCAUCUUUGAUGACCGGCCGGAGGAGAUCCAGGAGCUGACCUACAUCAUCAAGCAGGACAUUAGCAGUCUCAACAAGGAGAUCGCUCAGCUGCAGGAGGUGGCCCGCUCAAGAAACCAGCUCGGUGGCAAGCACAUGCAGUCGCACUCAAAUUCCGUUGUGGUCUCUCUUCAGUCGAAGCUGGCAUCCAUGUCCAAUGACUUCAAGAGCAUCCUAGAGGUCCGAACAGAAAACCUGAAGCACCAGAAGAGCCGCCGCGAGCAGUUCGGCAGCCAGGGUGUGAGUGCAGCGCUGCCCCCGUCGGCCAUGGGAGGCGGAUCGGUCCUUCUGGCAGACGAGUAUGCCUCACGGCAGCAGGGGGCAGGCGGCGGAGACUUCCUCACCAUCAACAUGGACGAGGGGCCCCGGCAUCGGCAGCAGCAGCAGCAGCAGCAGCUGCUGCUCGACGAGCAGGAUGCGUACAUCCAAAGUCGUGCUGACACCAUGGCAAGCAUUGAGAGUACCAUUGUGGAGCUGGGCUCCAUCUUCCAGCAGCUGGCGCACAUGGUCAAGGAGCAAGAGGAGAUGGUGCAAAGGAUUGAUGCCAAUGUGGAGGACACGUCGCUAAACGUGGAGGCUGCACACUCGGAGAUCCUGCGCUACUUCCAGUCGGUGACCUCUAACCGGUGGCUCAUGAUCAAGGUGUUUGCAGUACUCAUUGUUUUCUUUAUCAUCUUUGUUGUCUUUGUUGCCUGAAACGAGACACGUGCAGUGCUGAGUCAAGCAGCUUCAACUUUCCAGUAGCAUUACAAAUGCAGAGAAUGAUGACAUGUAUAAAAAUAGACAAUAAACUUUCAUUUGUCAGUCCUGUG